UCAAUGCUGACGCAGCUUGUUUCCAUCAGAGGAAGUAUUGUGUCUGCAAGGGCAAGCAUCGAGGACAAAUGUGUGUACACAGGAAUUUAGAAGGCUUUUCGUAUAAAAAGUAAUAUGCUGUACUUGCAGGUGCACGAUACUGGAAAAUCUUCAACUCUUUGUAGGAUUUCAUAACAAAUUCUUGUGUCCUGUAGUGAGGAAAUAGAUUAAAAACCAAAUUAAACAAUGCAAUGUAAUUUAUGCCUAACAUUAACAAUGAAAUGCUGAUGCUGCAAUUGUUCGACACCUGAUGCGACCCGGGAUCUGGACUGAUCCAAAAGCGCUGUUGAAGGGCCACCUCCCUGCUCAGCCACCUGUUCAGUCACCUGGUAAACAGAAAAGUCUGCUCUGAAAUAAUCAAUUAAUAACCCCCCUACUCGAAUCAGGACUGCUUGUGCUUGCUACAGAACAAAUACCAAAAUUGCUGUUUCGAAAUGCGGAUUAUCUUUGAAUACUUGCAGGCGGGCCUUUAGCAUUGCUGUACAGUUAAAGGUCCCAUAUUAUACAAUUUUUCACCAAGUGUAUUAGACGAGUGUACUAAAUAAAAAAUGUAAAUCCAAUUAAUCCGAUCCAGAGAACCAAAAAUGUCAACACAAAACUCAUUUUUCUAGUUUUACGAUAGGUUGACAUGCAGAAAACAAUUUGAAAUGCAUAUACAGUACAUAUUGUACAAUUAAAUGAGGAAUGAAAGGGAUAAAUGAACAUUUGAGGUUACAUUACCUCCAUUAAAGACUUGAUUCCUGACGUGACUGUUCCCAAACACACGAUGUGGCAGCGAGAUCAACACGGAUACAAUCUUACUGUUUUGCCAUUGAGUUAUUUCUUGAAUUCAAUAGUGUAGUGUUACUGUAAUCCAAAAUGCCACAAGUGCCAGAAUUUUGACUAAGAAGGUGAGAAGCACUAUUGCCAAAACAUUGACAUGACAUAACAGGAAGAUGGUGUCCAUGUCUCACUGCCACAUUGUGUCUUCAAUGAAGGUUAACCUUAAAUGUUCCUUCAGCCCUCAUUUAUAUGCAUUUAAAAUUGUUUUAUGCAUGUAAAAUUAUUGCUGACAAACUAUAAAAACAUGUUUCUUGUUAACCUCAACCAAUGACAUCAUAGGUGGGUGACGUAACUUCCAGUUCCGGUUGCCAAGUUUGUUAGCUAAUAGUAUGCUAACAAGGAAGCAUUCUUUCUGAUUUAAAAAAAUAUAUAUUAAGAAUACAAAUUGACUCACACAUUGUAUUAGUAACAUUCCAAGAUGCGCGCCAUAUUGUACACUAACCUGAUAAUGCACGCAAACCAAGGCAAAACUGUGGCUUAAAUUUUCCACGUUAACAAAAAAACACACUAACCAGGGCAGACCAUAACCGAGGUUCCACAGCAUCACAUACAGCAACAUAACAUUCAGGAGUGGGACAGCAGGACACAAACGUUAGCAACACUAGCAUAGCUUUGUGAGCUACAGUGCUAACAUUACACUCGCAUUUUAACAGCAUCGUGCCUGUUCGCAAAACAAAAUUAUCAAACAUACAGCUCCCAUGUUUGUAGCUUACUGAUGGAUAGUGAACUGAAUUGAACCAUACCAUCCGUUCAUUUUCUAUGCCGCUUAUCCUCAUUAGGGUCGCGGGAGUAUGCUGGAGCCUAUCCCAGCUGCCUUCGGGCGAGAGGCAGGGUACACCCUGGACUGGUCCUGAACCAUACAACUUGGUGGAAACAAGUCUUUAGUUCUUAGAUUACAGUCACGCAAUCCAAAGAUAGCUAAAGCUAAUAAAAAAAGGCCGUUUUAAUCACAGAAUACAUGUAUUUUAUUUUUCCACUCCAGUCAAAUUAGAGCCACUUUCAAUGAAAGUGAAAUGAGCACCGCAAGCUUUUUCUCUUUGCACUCUUCUUCUUCUUCCUCAUUUACAAGUCACUCAGUUUGACUGAAAGCAUACUCCCUCCAAUGCUGACUGUGCAGAGGGAGGUGUGUGUCGAUGUAUGUGUGUGUGAAGAGGGAGGGGUAUUUCCUCUAAUGCAUCCUGCUCAGCUCACACAUUUUAUUCAGGCUUCUCCUUCCACGUCUUUCUUUCUCACUCGUUGUUCUGUGUCACUUCUUUCCCUCUUCCUCAUGCCCGGCACUCACAUGCUCGUCACACUCAGGCACACAAUCCCAGUCACACAGAAUCUGCCUCCGCCGCAUCUGCUAGACUUGUAUCAUUUAUUGUGUCAUUCCACCUCCACAUCUUUUCUGCCUCCCCUCCGCUCAGUGUUUUUGGAAUUCUCGGCCGGUUAUACAGUAGCUACUGUAUUUUUUUAAAUUCAUUCCCCUGGUUCCGCUCUCUGUGUCAGGAAUCUGCUGCAGACUGAGAGGCCCAGACCGGCGGUAGUCUGACUGUCCCCUGUGGUUGCGGUGAAAAAACACCACCCCUGGCAGGCUGGCCGCACUCCCCUUCCUUCCGCCUCCAUGUAUCCUGAAUCGACUACAGACUCCCCCGCCCGCCUCUCCCUUCGACAGACUGGGUCCCCUGGAAUGAUCUACAGCGCUCGUUAUGGAAGCCCAAAACGACAGCUGCAGUUCUACAGAAACCUUGGGAAAUCGGGUCUGCGCGUGUCCUGCCUUGGAUUAGGAACAUGGGUGACAUUUGGUGGACAGAUAACAGAUGAGAUGGCGGAGCAGCUGAUGACUCUGGCGUAUGAAAAUGGCAUCAAUCUGUUUGACACAGCGGAGGUCUACGCUGCCGGGAAGGCCGAGGUGGUAUUGGGGAACAUCAUAAAGAAGAAAGGGUGGAGACGCUCCAGUCUGGUCAUAACAACAAAGAUCUUCUGGGGUGGAAAAGCUGAGACUGAAAGAGGUUUAUCUCGAAAACAUAUUAUAGAAGGUUUAAAAGCUUCUCUGGAGAGACUGCAGUUAGACUACGUUGACGUAGUGUUUGCGAACAGACCGGACCCCAACACGCCUAUGGAAGAAACGGUUCGAGCAAUGACCCAUGUGAUAAAUCAAGGCAUGGCCAUGUACUGGGGUACAUCCCGCUGGAGCCCCAUGGAGAUAAUGGAAGCAUAUUCUGUGGCACGACAAUUCAAUCAGAUUCCUCCAAUCUGUGAGCAGGCCGAGUAUCACAUGUUUCAGAGAGAGAAGGUGGAGGUGCAGCUACCGGAACUUUUCCAUAAAAUAGGUGUGGGGGCCAUGACGUGGUCACCGCUGGCCUGCGGGAUCAUCUCAGGGAAAUACGACGGCAGGGUUCCCCCGUACUCUCGGGCUUCUCUGAAGGGUUACCAGUGGUUGAAGGACAAGAUCUUGAGCGAGGAGGGUCGGCGUCAGCAGGCGAAGUUGAAAGAGCUGCAGGCGAUCGCGGAGCGGCUGGGCUGCACUCUGCCCCAACUCGCCAUCGCGUGGUGCCUACGUAACGAGGGGGUGAGCUCCGUCCUUUUAGGGGCGUCCAACACUGACCAGCUGAUGGAGAACAUAGGAGCCAUUCAGGUCCUUCCCAAGCUGUCGUCAUCCAUCACACACGAGGUGGACAGCAUCCUGGGCAACAAGCCGUACAGUAAAAAGGAUUACCGCUCUUAACGCCCGCAAGCCCGCAGUGGCAGCGCGUCCCGCCUUAUUGCCUGAUCCUAAAUUUGCUUGAGCUUCUACCGAGCGAGACCCCGGCGCAUGAGUGUGGUCGCACCAAAAGGCCACCGGGGGGCUUCUCGCUCACACUUCAAGGGAUAAGAGGGGAAAAAUAGUCCAUCUGGGAAGGCAGCGAUUCACUUAGAAAAGUGUGCAAAGAGGUUUGCGCUCCUACUUCAAAUCAUAGAAUACUACUUUUUUUUUUUUUUUUUUUUUAGAUUGAAGAAGAAAAAAAUGAAAAGCACACGCUUGCUCGGCAGUCAGAUGUAGUUUCCCCGCCACUCCGAGCAAGUGGAUCCCGUACGUCAUUCGUGACGACCAACACAUGUCAUAGCCAUGCGGGUGUUCCCUGGACAUUGUGUUGUGUUUGUGUCGUUUGUGUCUGAGACCCCCCCCCCCAGCGGUGGGCUUCAACAAUCAGCACUUUAGUAAUUGUCGGUGUCACCGUGUGUCGGGGCUACUUUUAGCCACUGGAAUAAUAACCUUCUAAUCUCACAGACGUUGCACUAUCGUAGAAGAACAAGUCCUCCUGAUCAUCCCCCCUCAUCACCGCGUCGUCCAUCGCUUAUGUUCUUUUUUCUUUUUUCAGUUUGAUGCUCGAUACUCCUGCUGCCAAAGCCUGCUGCUGUUUUUUUUCUCCCCCCCACCCGCACACGUGUGUCUUUGCUAUUUCAGCUAGCUAAAGGAAGCGGCCAUCUUUGAUCUUGUCACCACAGGAGCGCGCCCGUCACUUUCAUGUUCUGCUUGACUAAAGGAAGCGGCCAUCUUUCCUCUUGUAGUGAAAUGAUCGGAUUUGGGGGACUUCUUCUUUUUUUUUCUUUUUUUUUUUUUUUUUUUGCUUUAGUUUGUCCCACGAAGGGGACACAUGAGAUUGUUGUGCGCAGAACACAGGUCAGAGGCUUAUUUGGAUCAGGUUGAAAUUGAGAACGUUGGUAGCGGUACUUAAAGCAGCCACGUGUGCCAAAAACAGUCUCUUUCUUCACCUUGGAUGAAAUCAUAACGUUUAUUCUUCUUUGUUCAAAAGAAACAUUUCAUUUGAAAAAUGAGUUGAAAUGUUACUUGGACGUGGAGGAUGUCUGGUAGGAUACAUUGUGAUCAUCGUUAGAUUUUUUUGGUUUUUUUUAGUUGUGAUUGAGUCCUGGCAUAAACAAGCUGGCUGCUAUGGCAACCAUCUUUGCGAGGGAGGCGUUUCUUGUACCCGCUUUGUGGCAGCAGCUCAGGGAAGCGAGCGAGAGCUCUUCAUUGUACUUUUCCAAUACCUCCUACUCGUGUGUGUGUGUGUGUGUGUGUGUGUGUAAUUGUUGUUUUUCCUCAUGUUGUGUGGUGCAUCCCACCCUAAUCAUGGCAACAUCAUGUUGUCUUUUGUGGAGGACAUUUAGGCUGGUCCACAUAGGAAUUCAUUCAUUUCACCAAAUGAGACACGUGUGUGACAUUUUUGGGAUGUCUGGAGCCAAAGAUUAAAAAAAAAAAAAAAAAAAAGGCCUGUGACCCACCUCCCGCACCCCCCGCGCAACAUUCUAGAUAGCAUUUGGAGGCAUGUGCAGUCUGACUUGAUCCAUAUUUGGCUUUACCGGACCAUGCUAGUCAACGUAUAAUGUGCUUAAUGCAUAGACUGAUGCGUUAUAGGAAGAGUAAGAUGCAUUUGGGAGGCGUGUCUCUGUUUUUAAUAUUUGCUUUAAGGCCUCCUUGUUUGGCAUGAAAGCACAAGUGAGUGUCAGCAUGGAGCAGAUGUCAUCGCAAUGCCUAACAAGUCAGACAACUACUGAUUUUAUGCAGAAAACAAAGAGGACACUUUCGAGUGGUCAUGUUACGUGUGUGCGUGUGGGCGGAGUAGUUUUCUUUGACUCCUUAAUGGAAGAAAUAGCAUUUCUAGAAAAAGUGUUAAAACGGGGAGGAUUUUGUGUCCUAAAGGAGGAACCAUCAGUGUUACCGUCACAAAUCCUCAAUGCACAACAGUAUAUCACUCUGUAUCACCCUUUAAGAGGUCCUAGUUUCAUCCUCAGUGUCGCUGCUGGAUCGUGCUGUAGGAGCGGAACCAGAGUGGCAGAUUACAAAGUUCUAAAGAGAAUAUAUUUUUAUCUUUUAGCCUUUUCUUCAUCAAAUAAAUACGGUUUGACGACAAGUCCACUUAGUCAUGUCUAUGCUGUGUUGGAGACAUGCCCAAGACAAGAGAGAAGAGUCAAAGAUCUCAUGUAAAUAGUAAGACCUUUGUAUAUAUUAUACAUAUUCCAGUUGUCAUCGCCUCUAUGCCUUUUACUUUUUAUUCUAUUUUCUUUUUAAACUUUCUUUUGCAGGCGUUGCUAACUGCACUGUGCUUGAAUCUCAACUCUAGACAGGAUGUACAGCUUCAUCUCCAUUAAAGAAAAUGACCAAUGGCAAAACCAAAAA